AUGGAGCAGAGGGGGAGAGAGAACCGCAGGGGGAGAAGAGCAGGCAGCGUCCAGGCUAGCAGGCAGCAGGCUAACACCACCAGUACUACCACAGAACUGGAGGGGCUAAGACUGCUGCGUUGUGCCCAGGAAGGAGACCUGUCUGGGGUGAGAGGCCUGCUGUCCCGGGGGGUGGAUGUCAACUUCCAGGACAGCUGGUGGUGGACAGGUGUGAUGUGUGCAGCGGCAGGGCAGCUGGCGGUGUCGUUAGGCUCCUCCUCCAGCAGGGGCGGCAUGGUGUGGGCGUGGUCGGCACGCAGGGCCGGGACGCCAGAGCUGGCUAGAAUGGCGGGGCAUAGCGGGGUCCCUAGAGGAACUGGACCCUACGGGAGACAGAGGGGUCAACACAACCAUUACAGGAGAGAGACGCAGGACCACCAGGACCACAGUUCUCCCCCAGCGGUAGCAGCAGUCCAGUCUCAUCAGAACCAGUCCACCCAGAAUCAGACCCAGUGGUGUCCAGUCUGCAGUGUCCACUACUCCUCUUCUCCGGAGACACACCUCUCCUCCACCCUCCACCUGUUCUCUCUCUCACGCCCUGCGCCCCCUCCCCACUACUGCCUCCCCCCCUCCACCCCCGCCUACCAGAUGAUGCUGCGCUCCGGGUGGACCCCUGGAGGGGGGCUGGGGCCCGAAGGGGAGGGUCAUAAACAGCCGGUCCGGACCGUCCUGAAGAGGGACAGUAGAGGCCUGGGGUACGGACCCACACCCCGACCCAAGGUCACACACUUCCAACCCAAAGACCCGAAGGCAGUCAGACGGACGGGGAAGGAGGGUCGGGGGGAGAGGGGGAGGAGGGGGAUGAAGGAGGAGAGCAGGAGGGAGGAGAAGGACAGGAACUGGGAGAGAGACUUCCGCUCUUCCUUUAACACCUUUGACCCCUGACCUCUAAAUGCUGACCCAGGGACACCUGUUAUAGUCAGUUUCUCUCUAGUGUACUCUCCCUCUCUCUAUCUAGUGUACACUCUGUCUCUCUCUAUCUAGUGUACACUCUGUGUGCUCUCUCUCGCUCUCAAAGGAUCUGAAUACUUAUGUAAAUAAGGUAUUUCAAUUUUUUUAUUUAUAAUAAAUUUGCAAGCAUUUC